AUGCUCUUCUCUGCCCGUCCUGCUGUCUCUUCAUCCAUUAACGUGUCUAAGAGAUUCUUCUCUAGCACCUUUUCCAGAAUGAUCCCUAACGUCUAUUUUGACGUUGCCAUCAACAAGCAAAAUGCUGGCCGUAUCACUUUCAAGCUUUACGAAGAUGUCCCCAAGACUUCUGAGAACUUCCGUGCUCUCUGCACUGGUGAGAAGGGCUUUGGUUAUGCUGGUUCCGGAUUCCACCGUGUUAUCCCCAACUUUAUGCUUCAGGGUGGUGACUUUACUCGCCACAAUGGUACUGGUGGUAAAUCCAUCUACGGUGAGAAGUUUGCUGAUGAGAACUUUAUCCACAAGCACAACAAGCCUGGUCUUCUUUCCAUGGCCAAUGCUGGUCCUAACACCAAUGGUUCCCAGUUUUUCAUUACUACUGUCAACACUCCUUGGCUCGAUGGUCACCACGUUGUUUUCGGCGAGGUUGUUGAGGGUAUGGACCUUGUUAAGAAGAUUGAGGCCCAAGGUUCUCAGUCUGGUAGAACAAAAGCCCCCAUUACCAUCACUGCUUCUGGUCAGCUUUAA